GAUAAAUAUUAAAACACAGAGCUACAAAGAUUGGACACCCACACCAUAGCUGGCAAUCAGUUGACCUGCUGUUCUAAGUAACAUUCAAAUUUAGCAAUAUAUUUACACAAGAUUUGUGGCUAGGAAGAGGGAUGUGUGACACUUGGAGCACUUGCAAGUCUCCAAGGACUGCUGAGCCUAAGACCAGUUUUUCUUUGUUUACACUUCUAGAACAAAUGGAUAAGCCGAAGCCCCAUGUUACAGAGGAGAGUGUACCAUUCCAUGGCUGCUGUCCAAAGGAGGCUUUAUGUUUUAGGCGGGAAUGACUUGGACUACAAUAAUGAUCGGAUUCUUGUACGCCACAUAGACUCGUAUAACAUAGACACCGACCAAUGGACGCGCUGCAACUUCAACCUGUUGACGGGUCAGAAUGAAUCUGGCGUUGCUGUCCACAAUGGAAGAAUAUAUUUAGUUGGCGGCUAUUCUAUUUGGACAAAUGAGCCUUUGGCAUGUAUCCAGAAGCUACAGAAGAGGGAAAAAGACGACUGCAGUAAUGCCUGUUAUCCAUUUCUUGAGGGAAAUACGGCAACUCCAUUGAAAUGGAGAGUUAUGGAAGUUUUCAUAAAUGACAAUGUAAGUAGUGUAUGUUACUGGAAGCUCAUGUUCUGUGUAAUUAUACCAAAUACUGUACAGAUCUUUAUUCUUUGCAUGUGUGCACUGCCUUAUUCCAUCAUAAAAGGGUAAAAUUUGC